CUUUGGCUCUUCGGGGGCUGCUGUAUCCUUCAAUAUGGGAUAUUCCAGGGAAAGGUGGGAGUUUACUUAAUAAAAGCCAAGCUGGAAGAGGCCAAUGGCCCUUUUCUAUAGCAGUCUUCUAAAUGCCUUUAGGGCUCAUCAGCCUACCCCACAACUGGCAGCUCUUCCACAAAUCACGGGGGCCUGUAUAUAUAAGUAUAUUAUGAAAUUUGUGUAUUGAUAUUGUUCUAUUGACACUGGCACUUUAUAUUUAUUUGUAUUGCACUUUAUGAAUUCCAUGAACUUGAGAUUAGAAUAGGGUUAGCGUUAGGAUACUUGUCUUAUUGUAAAUCAUUUGCAUGAAAAAUAACUGAAAUAAUAACUUCAUACAAAUUGAUGUUUGAAUCAUUUGUCACAAUGGAGAUAAGGUGGGCCAGGAGCUCAGUUGGGGGAAAGAAUAUCUAAUCAUGAAAAUGGUCACUUUUUGGUCACUGUUGAUUGUUAUUGUUUUAUAACCUAAUAAAAUUAUAUUUUAAAAAAGAAUCUAUAAUAAAGUACCAAUAGCAAUGUGAAAAAAAGAAAAUAAACUUUUUAAUGAGCAGAGCCUGAUGGAUGGCUUGGCUUCUUGCCCAUGUGCUAAUUGGACCUCUUUCUUCCUUCCAGGAGCACAUAUAGAGCAGAUGGUCGAGGGAAAGCAGGGGUUCUGGGUGGAAAAAGACAAGGGUGAUGUUUCUGAAGGAAAAGUUGAGGACAGAGACCAGUUACCGAUACAGGAGGGAAGCCAUGCAGACAAGACAGCAGAUAAGCCCGUUCCGUCCCAAGGAGGAUGCUUCUGUGAAAGUCCAGUCCAAGAAGUAAGAUCGACGGGAACAAGAAGGAAUGUGUGUCUUUGUGCUAACCAGAGAAUCUGCUCCAGGGAAACAAAAAAUGGAAAUCUGGCCUUUGGAAAGACCUUCGGUAAGAAUAUCACUCUUAUUUCUGUGAGGCAAAUUCCUUUAGGAGAGAAAUUGUAUGACAGAAAGUCCUCCUGUCAGAAAUCAGCCAUUUCAUCCCAUCAAACUCAAUCAGGAGGGCAUGAGCAGUGGAAUGAGGGUGAUACGACAGUGCUAAAUAAAGUUCAGAAUGAAGAUUUGGAAGGAAUCUUCAGGAAUCAAGGUGGUCCUAAUAAGCAGAAAGGAAGUCACAUAACUGAAAAUAGGGAUGAACCUAUUUCAUGCCAAGGACAGGAUUUCAGUGAACCAAUCCAAACAGCAGAGGCAGCAUAUAAAUGCUUGGAAUGUGGGAUGACCUUCUCAGAUCAAAGCCAAUAUGAGAUCAACCUGCAAAUGCACAGUGGAAAGAGGACCCAUCAAUGCUUGGAGUUUGGAAAGAAUUAUGUUCACAGAACAGAGCUUCCUGGCCAUCAAAGAACAGAUAAAGGAGAGACAUCUCAUAGCCGCACAAACUGUGGCAAGAGCUUCUCACGAAAAUCAAAUCUUUCUCAAAACCAUUGUGGUACUCAUUCAGGAGAGAUUCCAUUAAUCCGCAUAGAGAGUGGAAAGGCCUAUUCUGGAAUAAAGGGUAAUGUACAUCUUCCGAAGCAUAAUAUAAUAAGGGCACAUAAAUGUUUUUGGUGUGAAAAAUUCUUCAACUGCAGAUCAAAGCUCCUGGUGCACCAAAGAACUCACACAAAGGAGAGACCUUUUGAAUGCUCAGAGUGUGGAAAGAGAUUCAGUUUGAGUAGCAAUCUUCUACAGCAUCAAAGAACUCACACAAAGGAGAAACCUUUUGAAUGCUCAGAGUGUGGAAAGAAAUUCAAUGUGAGUAGCAAUCUUCGACAGCAUCAAAGAAUUCACACAAAGGAGAGACCUUUGGAAUGCUCAGAGUGUGGAAGGAGAUUCAGUCACUGUAGCUAUCUUCAAAAGCAUCAAAAAACUCACACACAGGCGAGAUCUUUUGAUUGUUCAGAGUACGGAAAGAGAUUCAGCCGAAGUGGCUAUCUUGAAGAGCAUCAAAGAACUCACACAGGGGAGAGAUCUUUUGAAUGCUCAGAGUGUGGACAGAGAUUUGUUAGGCAAGGCCAUCUUCAACAGCAUCACAGAACUCACACAGGGGAGAAACCUUUUGAAUGCUCAGAGUGUGGAAAGAAAUUCAGUGUGAGUAGCAAUCUUCUACAGCAUCAAAGGACUCACACAAAAGAGAGACCUUUUGAAUGCUCGGAGUGUGGAAAGAGAUUCAGUCACAGUAGCUAUCGUCAAAGGCAUCAAAGAACACACACAAAGGAGAGAACUUUUGAAUGCUCAGAGUGUGGAAAGAGAUUCCUUCGAAGUGACGCUGUUCAGCAGCAUCAAAGAUCUCACACAGGGGAGAGACCUUUUGAAUGCUCUGAGUGUGGAAAGAGAUUCUGGCAAAAUAGCACUCUUCAGGAACAUCAAAGAACCCACACAAAGGAGAGACUUUUUGAAUGCUCAGAGUGUGGAUAGUGAUUUAGUCAGAAUAGCAAUCUUCAACAGCAUCAAAACACACAAAGAAGAGACCUUUUUAGUGCUCAUUGUAAGGCCUCUAUCCACUCACAAAUGAGUAGUUAGGAGGGCACCCCUGGAUAGCAGAAAGUGAUCUUUUAUGCUGUGUGUGGAAAGGGAUUCACUCUGCUUGGCUAGUUGCCAACCUUUCCCAGGUCAAGAGCUUAACUGAUAACCACUCGCCUCUUUUCUUGUUUCUACCUUUUCCCAGCCAUUCUGGGGAUUAUCAGUUAUUUAACCUUCUUUCUAGAAGUGUAUCACAGUCCCAGCCUUGCUCAAAGACAGGGAUAGGUAGUUUAAAAGUAGAACUCUUGUUAUAUGGAUGGCAAACAUAGGAAAGCUAAUACAUUUAUUGUCUGAAUAGUCAGAACUUUAGGAGCAAUCUUCUUACAAGUCUCUUCUUGUUGAAAUUGUCUUGGUUUUUUGGAUUUUAAUAAUUUCACUUCUCUCUGUGAUACACUUCUGAAGAUGCCAGCCACAGAUGCAGGCGAAACAUUAGGCUCCCCAUCCUGCUGCAACCUUUGAGGGGAGAUCGAGAGGAGGGAAGGUCCAGAGGAGGUGGAAGAAGACUGGUUGGCUCAAACCAGCUAUUAAUGUUUCCACCCACUGCUUCCGGUUGUAUAAACCAGGUAAAAAAUGUGCAGGCCUAGAGGCUUGUCUCUUCUCUGAUCCAACACCUGGCAUUGCUAACCCUGGAAAGGUCCUGCAACUGCCUCAUGACCUUGGGGAGUGUGGAGAGACAUACACACCUCAUCUCACACACGGACUGAAGGGGCUGCAUUGCUUGGGAUCCUGAGGUGGACAAAAGGAAAAGUUUCCUGAAGCACUAGGGGCAAGAGGCAGAAGGAGUGGGGGGCUCUAUCCACCCCCAAAUCUGUCCCUCUUACCCCUCCCAAAUCCUGACCAAUGAGCCACCUUCGGCAAAGCCCUUUCCUAGUUGUGCCUUCUGUGGGUUGUGGGGAGGGGGGUGAAUUAGGUGAGGGUGAAUUUCCCCCGUUCUUGGGUCUGCACUGCAACCCCACCUGUACCCCAGUAUCUCUUUCUCACAGAAACUCCUUAGAACUGAAUAAAUUGAUGAUUUCUGCAGACUCUGCACAUUAUUCCCAAAGGCAUGAAAUUCCAGGUGGCCCAAUGCAGAUUGCAGGAGGUGUGUGUGUGGGGGGGGUUUCCCACUCGCUUAGCCCCCCCUGUAUUGAGAGAGGGGUAUU